AUGACUGCCUACCCGAGUGCAGGCACGAGUGCAGGCAUGAGUGCAGGCAUGAGUACAGGCAUGAGUGCAAGCAUGAGUGCAGGCAUGAGUGCAGGCAUGAGUGCAGGCAUGAGUGCAAGCAAGAGUGCAGGCAUGAGUGCAAGCAUGAGUGCAGACACGAGUGCAGGCAUGAGUGCAGGCAUGAGUGCAGGCAUGAGUGCAAGCAUGAGUGCAGACACGAGUGCAGGCAUGAGUGCAAGCAUGAGUGCAGACACGAGUGCAGGCAUGAGUGCAGGCAUGAGUGCAGGCAUGAGUACAGACAUGAGUGCAAGCAUGAGUGCAGGCAUGAGUACAGGCAUGAGUGCAGACACGAGUGCAGGCAUGAGUGCAGGCAUGAGUGCAAGCAUGAGUGCAGGCAUGAGUGCAGGCACGAGUGCAGGCAUGAGUGCAAGCAUGAGUGCAGGCACGAAAGCAGGCAUGAGUGCUGGCGUGAGUGCACGCAUGAGUGCAAGCAUGAGUGCAGGCAUGAGUGCAGGCAUGAGUACAGGCAUGAGUGCAAGCAUGAGUGCAGGCAUGAGUGCAGGCAUGAGUGCAGGCAUGAGUGCAAGCAUGAGUGCAGGCAUGAGUGCAAGCAUGAGUGCAGACACGAGUGCAGGCAUGAGUGCAGGCAUGAGUGCAGGCAUGAGUGCAAGCAUGAGUGCAGACACGAGUGCAGGCAUGAGUGCAAGCAUGAGUGCAGACACGAGUGCAGGCAUGAGUGCAGGCAUGAGUGCAGGCAUGAGUACAGACAUGAGUGCAAGCAUGAGUGCAGGCAUGAGUGCAGGCAUGAGUGCAGACACGAGUGCAGGCAUGAGUGCAGGCAUGAGUGCAAGCAUGAGUGCAGGCAUGAGUGCAGGCACGAGUGCAGGCAUGAGUGCAAGCAUGAGUGCAGGCACGAAAGCAGGCAUGAGUGCAGGCAUGAGUGCUGGCGUGAGUGCACGCAUGAGUGCACGCAUGAGUGCAGGCAUGAGUGCAGGCAUGAGUACAGGCACGAGUGCAGGCAUGAAUACAGGCAUGAGUGCAGGCAUGAGUACAGGCACGAGUACAGGCAUGAGUGCAGGCAUGAGUACAGGCAUGAGUGCAGGCAUGAGUGCAGGCAUGAGUACAGGCAUGAGUGCAGGCAUGAGUGCAGGCAUGAGUGCAAGCAUGAGUGCAGGCACGAGUACAGGCAUGAGUGCAGGCAUGAAUACAGGCAUGAGUGCAGGCAUGAGUACAGGCACGAGUGCAGGCAUGAGUACAGGCAUGAGUGCAGGCAUGAGUGCAGGCAAGAGUGCAGGCAUGAGUAGAGACAUGAGUACAGGCAAGAGUGCAGGCGUGAGUGCGGGCACGAGUACAGGCAUGAGUGCAGGCAAGAGUGCAGGCAUGAGUGCAGGCACGAGUACAGGCAUGAGUGCAGGCACGAGUACAGGCAUGAGUACAGGCAUGAGUGCAGGCAUGAGUGCAGGCAUGAGUGCAGGCACGAGUACAGGCAUGAGUGCAGGCAAGAGUGCAGGCAUGAGUGCAGGCAUGAGUGCAGGCACGAGUACAGGCAUGAGUGCAGGCAAGAGUGCAGGCAUGAGUGCAGGCACGAACCCCGCUGACCUGACCUCCGUCAACCACAUCACCUUAGACCCCGCUGACCUGACCUCCGUCAACCACAUUAUCUUAGACCCCGCUGACCUGACCUCCGUCAACCACAUUAUCUCAGACCCCGCUGACUUGACCUCCGUCAACCACAUCACCUUAGACCCCGCUGACCUGACCUCCGUCAAUCACAUUAUCUUAGACCCCGCUGACCUGACCUCCGUCAACCACAUUAUCUUAGACCCCGCUGACCUGACCUCCGUCAACCACAUUAUCUCAGACCCCGCUGACUUGACCUCCGUCAACCACAUCACCUUAGACCCCGCUGACCUGACCUCCGUCAACCACAUCCCCUUUGACCCCGCUGACCUGACCUCCGUCAACCACAUCCCCUUUGACCCCGCUGACCUGACCUCCGUCAAUCACAUCCCCUUUGACCCCGCUGACCUGACCUCCGUCAAUCACAUCACCUUUGACCCCGCUGAAGGGGUCAAUAACCCUUCUUCAACCAGCAGUGACAGUACCAGCAACGCCCCUGACAACAAACAACAGUCUGAGGCAACAGUUGAAGGACAGUUGGCAGCCUUGCAAGCACAGGUAGCAGAACUGGCCAAAAUUAUAGAGACGCUACGUCGGGCUCCUUCACAAGAGAUGCAGCAGCCUCCACACUGCUGUGUCACAGCUGCGGCCCGCACUGGUAAAGACCGUAGUGGUGCCGACUCUGUGACUAUUAUGGACCGUAGUGGUGCCCUGACAUAUGUGAGUGUGCAUGGGGUGCCCUUGGAGUUUCCCGAGGGCCUACUCCAGCGUUACUUCCAGCAGUUUGGCACUGUCGUUAGUGUGCAGGUGAACAUGCUGUCCUUGGGGAGGUAUAAGGGUAUGCGUAUGAACAUUCGUACCCUUGGGAUGCGCCUGAGGGGCGUGGAUGAGGACAUCCUGUUGGCUGAUGCGGCUCCCCCUGCAUCGCCCGGCAAUCCUCCGGAUGAUGUGGCCCCUCCUCUGGGUGUUACGGUGUCGUCGGCUGAUCUUCCUGCUCCUAUUGCUGUCCCAGCUGCUCUCGUGGGUCUUUCGGAUGGUCUCUGCGAGUUGUCAAUGUCUUCAUCUUCCUCAUCUCCUGCUGCUGCAACUGGCCCUGCGCCUUCGCCAGGUGUCAUGGCUGUGCUGGGUACUGGGGGUGGCUGUGGAGCAUCUUGA